AUGGCAGCAGCUAUUGCAGUUGGAGAUCAUCAAACUGAAUUCAUUCGUUUCUUGCUCACAAUAUUUACACAUAUAUGUGUAGAUAUACACAGAAUGAAUAAAUCCAAUAAUAAUGAAUACGAUGAGUUGACAAAACGUAUAGGUUUUACAUCAAUGAUGGAACUUAUCUGUAUUUGUUUAUUUCCAUUAAUAUUACAAUGUUUACGAUCACUGAGUAUUUUCAAACAAGAUGGCAGUUUAAUCCAAGAACACUACACUAUAUAA